CACACACACACACACAUCUGCCAAUCCACAGAAGACUAGACGGAGAAACGCGGUCGCUUUCUAAGAGAGACAACUCUCUUAGGUACCAGAGACAAAAUGCAGUGGGUGCCCCUGCUGCUUUUGGCUGGGCUCUGCCCCAUCUCCUGGGCCCAGUAUGAAGAUGACACUCAUUGGUGGUUCCACUACCUUCGAAGCCAGCAGUCUACAUAUUACGAUCCCUAUGACCCUUAUGAGCCCUAUGAGCCCUAUCCCUAUGGAGUGGAAGAAGGUCCUGCCUAUGCCUAUGGCAGUCAGCCUCCCCCCGAACCCCGAGAUUGCCCCCAAGAAUGUGACUGCCCUCCCACCUUCCCCACAGCCAUGUAUUGUGACAACAGAAACCUCAAGUACCUGCCUUUUGUCCCUUCUCGGAUGAAGUACGUCUAUUUCCAGAACAACCAGAUUUCAGCCAUUCAGGAAGCCGUCUUUGACAACGCCACUGGACUACUCUGGAUUGCUCUCCAUGGCAACCAGAUCACCAGUGAUAAGGUUGGCAAGAGAGUCUUCUCCAAGCUGAAGCACCUGGAGAGACUGUACCUGGACCACAACAACCUGACCCGGAUGCCCGGUCCCCUGCCCAGAUCCCUGAGGGAACUCCAUCUCGACCACAACCAAAUCUCCCGAGUGCCCAACAAUGCUCUGGAGGGACUGGAGAACCUGACUGCCCUGUACCUUCAGCACAAUGAGAUCCAAGAGGUGGGGAGUUCAAUGCGGGGUCUCCGAUCCCUAAUCAUGCUGGAUCUGAGCUACAACCACCUCCGGAGGCUGCCGGACGGACUGCCUGCUGCCCUCGAACAGCUGUACCUGGAGCACAACAACGUCUACACUGUUCCAGACAGUUAUUUCCGGGGGUCCCCCAAGUUGCUCUAUGUGCGACUGUCUCACAACAGUCUUACCAACAACGGGUUGUCCACCAAUACCUUCAAUGCCAGUAGUCUCCUUGAGCUCGAUCUCUCCUACAACCAGCUGCAGAAGAUUCCACCCGUCAAUACCAACCUGGAGAAUCUCUAUCUUCAAGGCAAUCGGAUCAAUGAGUUUUCCAUCAGUAGCUUCUGCACUGUGGUUGAUGUCAUGAACUUCUCCAAGCUCCAGGUGCUGAGACUGGAUGGGAACGAGAUCCAGCGCAGCGCCGUCCCUGUGGAUGCUCCCCUCUGCCUUCGCCUGGCCAGCCUCAUUGAGAUCUGAUCCAUCUCCUUCACUGGGCCCCAAGGGGAGGGAGAAGUGGCCCAAGGAGGGAACUUUGAUCAGAGAUGACAGCAGUUGCUCACUGCCCCAUUGUGUCUGGCUUGAUGGUUUGGUUUGGCUUUUGCUGGAAGAUCUGGGACUACCCCAUGUGAGUGUGAGGGUCUUACCUAUGAUUAUCAAUAUUGUAAUAAACAAACAAAAAGUAGCCAUAAUCAGAGGCAUUAGUAACCAUCGAUCAGCCUCUGUGAUAAAAUAUUAGUCAUACAUCUCAAAACUGGCCAGAGGGCCACCAUAGUCACACCCCCAAGAUGGGUAUCCAAUGGAAUCCUAUUUCACUCUGUCUCCUUUUAAAUAAAGUUAGAUUACAGGGGGUGGGUGGGAAUGGGAUGCAGGAUUUAGGCAUAUCCUAGUAAUCUCAUGAGGAAGCCAUCACUUUGAAAGGACCAGAAGUUGGUGGGAGACCUAAAUGAUGUCAUCCUCAACAAUUCCUGGAAAUCCCACUCCCCAAAUUUACAACCUUUCAAAGGUAAACUCAGGGGUCUGGGAAUCAUAGAAAGGAAUCUUUUAUAUUGGGUAAAUGGCUGCCAAGCUUUCCUACUGGAUGCAAACUAUCCCCACUGAACAGUUGUUUCUCUCAGUCUUCUCAGGAAGUUUCUUCAAGCAAAAACUUGAGAUAACUAAUAUUUCUCACCUUGCUCUAUCCUGAUUCUCUUCCAAUGAGCAACAUUUGACAUUGCCUCUGCCCAUAGACAGAAUUUUCCUCUAGGGCCCCACUACAGUCAUAGUUCAAAAUACACUUUUUAUCUAACUACCUUUUCUGAGUUUUCCACAAUCCUCCAAACCUUUUUCCCAUGAAAAUCUCUUUCCUAUUUGAGAUGUUCUGCUGUGAGACAGAUAAUACAGGGUAUGUGAGCUUUUGCUCUGUGGUCUAUAGGGAAACCUACACUUUUUCAGAUGUGGGAAGGAAUAAUAAUAAUCUUACUUCUUUCCAACUCUACUCCUUGGAAAAUAUCACACUGUGGGCCAUUAAUACCCAGAAGUCUCAUCCCUGAAAUGUUCUGGCAUCCUAACAAUUUCCUUAGUCUAUUGAAAGGCAUUUAGCUCAGCUUCUACUAAGCUUUCCAUAACUAGACAGUGGUUAUCUUACUCAGAGAAGAGAUUUUCUUUUCAUAAUCAGAUUACAUAAGAUGGGCAGACUUUGCUCAGUUCUUCACGAAAACUGAGAAAUCAACUAACAAAUCCGCUGACCUCACAGAUGUCAGCAAUUCCAUCCAUUCCUCUGCUUCCAAUGUCCUUCUCUGCCAUUAGACCAGUCCAGGGAGGGUAGGGAGUAAGCAGGGGAAGAAUCUCCAGGAAGAACAGUGGAAAGAGCUUUGAAGAAAUGGUUCCUCCAGGAAUGAGGCAUAAAAGACUUGUCCCUUGCUUUGAAUGUUUUGAGACCUGAUGGGUAACAGAAAGUUACCCAUCCUUAGUAGAUCCUUAGGUGUAUUCUCAGGAUCAGAAAUCAGGGGACUAUGGUCAGAGUGAACUCUGCUUCUUCUUAGAUUCCCUCUAGAGAUCCAAAGAAAAGACAGCACCAGCUUCUCCUCUUUGCUAUCCCUUUGCAGGGCUUCCUGAAAAGAGAAGAGGAAUUCACAUUAGUUGGGACAUCCUAGGGCUUGGGAGAAAAGUGCUAGAUCUGUCUGGAAGUGCUCAUCAAGGCUCAUUGUGUCCAAGCCGAUAUGUAAAAUCUUGUCUGAGCUUGGCAUUUCUGGGCUGUCCUCAAGUCUGAGGAUGCUGGAGUGGAGAAUAUAGUUAGCAAUUUAUUUCCAUUUCAGAAUGGAUAUACUUGUCCAGUUCUUCAACAUCCCCUUUUCCCUUCUUUCUCUCUUAUAUGGGGCUUCUUCUCUCCUGUAAAGCUUUAAAAAGGGGACAAUAUUUGGAGUGAGGAUCCCUAAGCUGCCUAAUGCCAGGUUUCAGCUAAUGAAAAUAGUCUGAUGCCUGCUUCCUACACAGCCCUUCUCAAACCCACCCCAUGACCACCACUACCACCCCACCAUCAUAUAUGGUAUCUGCUUUCUAGUAUUCUUUAUAAAAUAAGAGGGAUUAUAUUCUUGACCAUAAACCCUGAAUCCUGCAAAAGCCAAACAACCUGCUCAUUUUGGUCAGGGAGCUUCUGAGUGAGGGGCUAAGUGCUGUCCCCUGUCCCAGUGCUCCCCAGAAACCAUCUGCAUGUAAAUUCCAUGGCAUCCAUAUAAAGAACAUUGUACUAUUGGCAAAGCAUGAUUGGUAGCUAUCCUGACCAAUAAAACCCUUUUAUGAUUGCA